CUGCUCGCUCGCCCACUCGGCCAUCAUUUCUGCCUCGCCCUGGAUAGCCAGCUUUCUACUUAUAGACGAGCAGAGAUAAGUUGCACCGGGAAGGAAGGAUCAAGUGGAAGCCGUGGUCGGGCGGCACCCUUUCGGCCUUGGCUGGGGUGAUCGGAGGGAGCAGGAGACGCGGCCGGCCGGCCGGGAGUGAUCCGUCGACCGCGCUGGAGCCGAGGAACUCCGGUCGCUGUCGUUGGCGGGUGGGGCGAGGUGGCGGUUACGGCGAAGAAGGUCCAAUAGAAAACGCGGGUGCGCAGCUUGAGAGGGAGAUCGUGGCAGAUCCCGGCGUCGCUGUCUCCCCGCGUCGCUCCUGGAUUGCAGCCAAGCCUUGGCCCGCAAUCCAUCCGCGCUUUCCGGCCGCGCCACCCACCCAGGUCACCGGAGGUGGUAUAUAUACCCCGCCUUAUCCCUCCCCUCCAUCGAUCCGCCGUCGAGGGGACUAGCUAGCCGAAGCUGCAAGCUAGCUAGCUUACUUCGGGCUUCCAUCCGGCAUCGUAGACGGAGACUGAAGGCCAGCCGCCAGCUAGCUGCUGCAAGGUAGCAGCCGGCCGCGAGCCCAGGAGGCGAGCUAGCAAGCCAGGGUUCUUCGCCAAGCUCGAGGUGUUUGUCGGAGGAGAAGGCGUCAUAAGGUGCUGAAUCUGCACGCGCGAAGGCGUGCUGAAGCAUCUUGUCAACUGUCAACUUACUUGGAGUACCUAUAUUACUUCGAUCACUAGAAGAAGAUGAACGUUUUCUCCCAUGUCCCCCCUGGUUUUCGUUUCCACCCCACCGAUGAGGAACUGGUGGAUUACUACCUGAGAAAGAAGGUAGCACUGAAGAGGAUAGACUUGGACAUUAUAAAGGAUGUUGAUUUGUACAAAAUUGAGCCUUGGGAUCUACAAGAACAAUGCAAGAUUGGAACCGAAGACCAGAACGACUGGUUCUUCUUCAGCCACAAGGACAAGAAGUAUCCGACCGGCACUCGCACCAACAGAGCCACCACCGCCGGUUUCUGGAAGGCUACCGGCAGGGACAAGCCGAUCUACGUCAAGCACUGCCUCGUCGGGAUGAGGAAGACCCUGGUUUUCUACAAGGGCCGGGCUCCCAAUGGGCAAAAGUCAGAUUGGAUCAUGCACGAGUACCGCUUGGAAUCCAAUGAAAAUGGAGCUCCCCACGAUGAAGGAUGGGUGGUCUGCAAGGUGUUCAAGAAGAGAGUGGCGGCGGUGCAGAGAAUGGCCACCGCAGACUCGCCCUUCUGGUUCAGUAACGACCAUAUGGCAUUCAUGGCGCCUCACGUCGACCAGAGCGCGGCGUACCAUCACGGCCACCAACAGAGCUACCACCACCCUUGCAAGGUGGAGUUGGAGUACCAUCACCUCCUUCCUCAGGAGCCCAUGAGCUUCCAGCAGCUCCCCCAGUUAGAGAGCCCCAGGCUCACAGACCUGAUUGGCGCUGUAGCUGCCAAUCUCCAACACGAGGGUCAAGCUCCUCGGCAGCUUCAGAUCGAGCCGGUAUAUGCAUCUUCCGCAGAAUGGAGAGAUCUUGACAAAUUCAUGGCGUCUCAGCUCAGCCACGGUGCCUCAACUCCGAAGGAGUCCAGCAGCUACUCCAUUCCGGUGCAGGAGUUUCAGGUAGAAGGGAAGCAUGAAGAGGCCUUGGAUUAUGUGUCGACAUCUGGCACCUGCGAAGGGGAAAAUGACUUGUGGAAAUAACGGCAUACGUAUAAACGAGAUGCAUAUACGAAAGAUAUACACACACUAACGAGCAGCACUAAUGCACUAUACAGCUUAAUAACAUUGUGCUGUGAAGUGAUUAAUGUACGUAAAAAAUAGCU